AUGUAUGAAAUCAUUUCCGAAGGAUAAAAUAAGUAUUUUGUAGUUAUGGAAAAUCUCUUUUAUGGAAUUAAUAAAGAAUUUAUUAGUAUUUAUGAUCUUAAAGGUUCAAAAAUUAAUAGAUUUCUAAAAGAUGGAGAUGUUGGUUUAGAUACUAAUUUUAUUAUUGAUUUUAAUUCUGAACCAUUAUUUUUUAAAGAGGAAGUUUUCACUAAAAUUUAUAGGUUUUUAUAAAGUGAUUCGGAGUUUUUGGCUAAAAGAUUUGUAGUUGACUAUUCUUUGUUAACUAUUAUUGAUAAAGAAAAGUAAAGUGUUAGAUUAGGAGUUAUUGAUUAUUUUAGGUAGUAUGAUUUAAAUUGUUUGCCUCCUCCAUUUGAUGAAAAUGGGAAUAAAACUGGAUAAUGGUUUGAAGGAACAUAUGAAUUUGGAGAAUGGUAUUUUGAUUUGAGCGGAAAUCCUGUAUUUAUAUCUCCAUCAGAAGAAGGUGAUAUUAUAGGGGAUUUAUAUGACUAAAAUAGUGAAAUAUAUAUGGAAUAUGCUACUGAUUAAUUUGGGAAUUUAUUACCAUUAAUUCUAAUGACAUAGGAUUUUUAAUAUUUUGAGUUUAUUCCUUAAAUGUAUUAUAAGUUUGUUUAUGAUAGUAUGGAAACUUACUUUCUUUAGACUAUGAAUUAUCAUCCUGUGGAUAGAGAAAGGGGUUCUUUGAAUAUCGUUUUCAUAGGGCAUGUUGACCAUGGAAAAUCUACACUUUCAGGACGUAUUUUAAAAAAUUGUGGAGAAGUCGAAGAAUAGGAAAUUCGAAAAUAUGAAUAAGAAGCCAAAGAAAAUAGCCGUGAGAGUUGGUCCUUAGCCUAUAUUAUGGAUACUAAUGAAGAAGAAAGAACUAAAGGAAUCACUGUGGAAUGCGGAAAAGCUCACUUUUAGCUUCCUUAAAGACGUUUUGUGUUAAUAGAUGCUCCUGGACAUAAAAAUUACGUUCCCAAUAUGAUUACAGGAGCUUGCCAAGCAGAUGUUGCAGCUUUAGUUAUUUCGGCGAGGCAAGGUGAGUUCGAGGCUGGAUUUGAAGGAGGAUAAACAUAAGAACAUGCACAUUUGGCAAAAGCUUUAGGUGUUCAACAUGUAAUUUGUAUAGUUAGUAAAAUGGAUGAGGUUGGAUGGAGUAGAAAUAGGUAUGUGAAAAUAAAAGAAUAAAUGGAAACUUUUUUGAGAUAGGAUGUAGGUUUUUAAUCUAUUGAUUGGGUUCCUGUAAAUGGAUUGUAGAAUGAAAAUAUUGAUGUGAAGGUACCAGAAGAAAAAUGCUAAUGGUUUUAAGGACUUACACUUUUUUAAACACUAAAUUAAUGCCCAGUGCCUGCUAGGAAUUGUAAUGGGGCUUUAAGAAUUCCGGUUUUAGAUAAAAUUAAAGAAUAAUAAGGAUUUUUUGUGUUAGGGAAAAUCGAAAGUGGAACUGUCAAAGAAGACAUGUGUAUUACUGUUAUGCCUAAUAAAUAAUAGGUUCAAAUAUAAGCUAUUUAUAAUACAAAAGAUUAAAGAGUAUUUUAUGCAUCAGCUGGAGAAAAUAUCAAACUCAAAAUUAAGGCUGGAGAAGAUAAAGAUAUUGAAAGAGGAUUUGUUUUUUGUAAUACUGAUGAUUUGUGUUUUGUUACUUAGUGUUUUAUAGCAGAAAUUAAUAUAUUGAAAUUACCAGAUCAUAAGCCGAUACUUUCUUAAGGAUAUUCAUGCGUUUUACAUAUUCAUACUUCUGUGAUAGAAGUUGAAAUUGAAUAAGUUGAAGCUGUGAUGAAUCUGGAUAAUAAAAGGCUUAACAAAAUUUCGUUUUUGAAAAGCGGGCAAAUUGGAGUUGUUAAAAUUAGUCUUAAAAAUUCUCAUCUGUGUCUUGAAAAAUUCGAGAAAAUAUAAAAUUUGGGAAGAUUUACUUUGAGAGAUGAAGAGAAAACUAUAGGAUUUGGAAAAGUUAUGAAAAUUAAACCUUUUUAAUAUUGA